CCGGCGGAAGCAGGAAGCGGCGGAGCGGGACCAGGCGCGGGUGGUGUUUGCUGUGGGGCCAUGGCGGAGAAGUUCGACCACCUGGAGGAGCACCUGGAGAAGUUCGUGGAGAACAUCCGGCAGCUCGGCAUCAUCGUCAGUGACUUCCAGCCUAGCAGCCAGGCCGGGCUCAACCAGAAGCUGAAUUUUAUCGUUACUGGCUUACAAGAUAUUGAUAAGUGCAGGCAGCAGCUUCAUGACAUUACUGUGCCUUUAGAAGUUUUUGAAUACAUAGAUCAAGGACGAAACCCCCAGCUCUACACCAAAGAGUGCCUGGAGAGGGCUCUGGCCAAGAACGAGCAAGUGAAAGGCAAGAUCGACACCAUGAAGAAAUUUAAAAGCCUGUUGAUUCAAGAACUUUCUAAAGUAUUUCCUGAAGACAUGGCUAAGUAUCGAAGCAUCCGAGGGGAGGACCACGCCCCUUCCUAACUUCAUCGUCCUGCUGUCCGAAGACCCUCCUGGUCUCACGUGUGAGUUGCUGUGACCUUCAGGCAGGCUGUGUCUGACAGCAGCACCGAUGUCCUCCGGCCUCCCUGUCCCUGUCCUUGGCCUUGGGGGAUGGCGGGGCGGGGCCUGGAGGGCUUGCAGAGCUGUGCCCUGGCUGCCCCUCUGUCCCUGACAUGCAUCUGUUCGGUCUUCAAGUUCUUAAUUGGCCGGGGAGCGCGCGUCUUUGAGUGCGAUGCAUCUGAUUCUCCUUGGCAGUAGUCUUGGGAAUGUUAAGUAUGAUAGGUAAACUAAAUUUUUAAAAAUUCUACCUAAUGGUUUUAUUUUUAUGUGCUGUUCUUUUUAUUUUAUUAUGGUGUCAAAGAAAGCUUAAGAAAAAAAGAAAGAAAAAUUUAAAAAAAAUUGGCUUAAUCUGAGAAGUAUUUUAGGUUAAUGUUUUGUGUUUUCAAGUAUGGUGCAUAAAGAAUGUGUUCAAUGUAACUACACGGAUUUCAAUUAGAAGCAUAUAAUAAAACCUUUACGUAUUUAUAGGA